GAAAUCCGGAUGCUCGGAGUUUUGAAAUCUGGCGCCUUCCUUCUCGAGCAUGGACCGUUGUCGGCGGAGGUGUAAGGGGUGGGGACGACGACCGCGUCAGGGUCGCCCUCCUCGUUCUCCUCGUCCUGCUCUGCUCUGCAGCAUUAUACAAACAUUGUUUCUGCUCGCAUACAUUCUCUCGUGCGGCAAUUAGACGACGCUCGGCCUUACACCUGAACCUGCAGACUGGAAUGUUUUGGUGUCAGCGAUGGAUCGGAGGUCGAGGACUUCGUUUACGGCAUUUUUCCGCCUCACGAUCAAAGGCGAACACAACAAGAGAUCUCGACCGGCAAACGACAAGCGAGACGCAAAACGAUCAGCAAAACGUCCCCAUUUAUUCAUGAAAAAAAACAGUGUUUGGAGUGACAGCCCUGUCACUGAACACUCCGGAGCACAACACCGGUUCUCGACGUUGAUUUCACAAAGAUCACAUCCCAGCGCUCACGUAAAGCUAGAAGAGGUAAGUAGAUCGAGAGGCCUUCGCUGCAAGCUCGUACAGGAUGCUCUGGAGAGGUAUUGUGAAAGACGGUACGUCGUCAAAGCCAGGAAUCGAAAAAUGGAGGUAGACAAUGAAAGAGUCUUCCGAAGGCUCAAAUUAUGGGCUCCAAGGGCAGUAUGUAGAGCCGCUUGGAGUGCAAAAUGUGAUCAGGUUUGUCGAAUCGGGAUUGUAUCUUAGUAUCAGAACUUGCUGGCAGCUGCUCAAUCGUAGUCCCUUUGUUUUGAGGAUUUACAUUUGACGUAGUCCGAGUAAAGACUCACUCUGUCGCUCGUGAUUCACUCGGGCAUGAUCUUCAUGGAGCAAGCUUUAUCCAAGCACCAAGCACACGCAGACAGUCACAAAUGGCCGGAACGAACAACCGAUUGCUCCUGAUCUCAUUCCGAGUCCAGCAAGGUUAUUCAAUUCAACUUGCACGUUCUGGUGGGAUUCGUUUAUUGCAUGUCACUGAUGGUUUAAGGCUUCUGCUAGACAAAUCUCGAGCCUAGGCUAGAAUUUCUCUGCCACAAUUGUCACUGAUUAGGACCGGCACAUCAACAGAUACAGCACUCAGCCAUAGAUGAUCGGGCUUCUCCUCAGCUUUGGGAAAUUGAUGGACUAGAUGCAAAUGUCACAAAAUUCUCCAGGGAUGGACGCCUACUGCCAGAAAACAAGUAAAAAGCCCUUCAUCUUAGCGCGUUCAACUUGGAGUGAAAAGAGGCCUCGAGACCUUAACGAAGAAAUCAAUCGAAGUUCCAGAGAUCACCAAAAUUAAGUGCGGCCGCCUUCCGACGAAACACAUAGACUCAAACCGGAUCGCUGCACCCAAAGCUCCUGCAUCAUGCACACAUUCCACUUCCGAGCUGAAUCUCGCGCUUUUAAACUCCUGACUCGAAUCGGACACCAGACAACUGCCACCACCCUCGACGGUGGAAUAAAUUGCAAGCAAACUGAACGCAGCAGCGGCGGCGGCGGCCACGGGCCAUGCAACGCUCUUCCCUUUCGCCCUCAGUCUCACGUGAAUGCAGAUGCGAGGCCAGUAAUGUCG